AACCAAUUAAAAAGAAAAAAAAAUGGCUGAAAAUAGGCCGGUGGUAGAGGAUGAUAGAGUUCAUCCUUUUUCUUCCACACCAAUGUCAGAGCAUUGGAAUGUUGAGGAAGUGAAGAAGUCCAGUCCCUCCACUUUGAGUGAGAAGUUGGGAUUGCACGAGCUGUUUUCGUUGAAGGUUUGGAGAGCAUCUCUAGCAGAGCUAGUUGGCUCGGCAGUGCUUGUUUUCGCUAUAGACACAAUAGUGAUCUCCUCCUAUGAGACUAGAACCACAACACCAAACCUUGUCAUGGCGAUCCUCAUUUCCAUCACAGUUGCAAUUCUCCUCCUCGCCACCAAUCCCAUCUCCGGCGGCCACAUCAAUCCCGUUGUCACCUUAUCCGCAGUGUUCGUCGGCCUCAUAUCCCUCUCACGUGCCGCUGUCUACAUCUUGAGCCAGUGCACGGGGGCGGUACUAGGUGCACUAGCCCUGAAGGCUGUGGUAAACAGCAGCAUUGAAGAAACGUUCUCACUUGGAGGUUGCACUCUCACUGUCAUUGCCCCAGGCCCACAUGGGCCAAUCAUUAUUGGCAUUGAGACCACCCAAGCCCUUUGGCUUGAGAUCAUAUGCACGUUUGUGUUUCUCUUUGCUUCGAUUUGGAUGGCAUUUGACCAUCGCCAAGCCCAUGCUGUGGGCCGAGUUGUAGUCUUUUCUAUCGUUGGAACAGUUGUGGGCCUCCUUGUGUUCAUCUCAACCACCGUUACGGCUGUAAAGGGCUAUGCCGGGGUUGGAAUGAACCCGGCUCGAUGCUUGGGCCCCGCAUUGAUUCGCGGGGGGCACCUUUGGCAUGGGCAUUGGGUGUUUUGGGCCGGGCCCAUUAUUGCUUGCGUGGCGUUUUAUUUGUACAUAAAGAUCAUUCCACGUCAGCAUUUUCACAUGGAUGGCUACACGCAAGAUACAGUAAAUAUCGUAGAGACUCUUCCCCACUAGAAAUGGAUUUGAGUAAUUUUCCAGUGUGACAAAUUUGACAAGUGGUGUUAUAUAUCAAUCCACUUAUUUAUAAAA